GCAGAAAAUCUCCAACAACGUAGUAAAGAGUUAUUUUUACCAAUUUGAAAAUUCCCUAUGCCAUCAUGUAGUGAUAUGGCAGUAAUUCGUAAUUAACAAAACCAUGGCGUUUUUCGUUUGCGGAUUAUUAAUAUUAACAGUUGUCGUUCACAGCUUCAACAUCAGCAAUGGAUUUCGUUUGCUGGAUGAAUACUGCGGCAGCACCUUGUCACUAUAUUCCUGUGACAAGAACUAUUCCGUCUCUGUCAACGACAGCCGCCAGCUGUCCUUCUUCAAUGUGUCCGCUUUUCAGCGCUGCGCCGUUACUUUGGAGCUGAAUGCCUGCAGUGAUACACCAACGGCUCUGUAUUUCAAUAUUCAGGAAGCGAAUAUAGCGUCGAGCGCUUCCGUCGAGAUCUGGCAGAUGGACCCCGUGCCGAGCGCCCUCGUCCUUCUGAAACGGAUCCCCGGCGGCCGCAGUUCGGGAAACGUCAGUCCGCGCUCGGUCGACCAGUUCCUGACCAGCAUGACCAGCCGCCCGCGGGUACUGCUGGUGUAUCAAACCGCGGAGUACGAUCGCAAGUACCAAGUUACCUUGACGUGGAGCACUGUCUACAACGACACACCCAGCGACGACGGGCCUGCGCGCGUCUUCUGUCCGGCACUGAAGGGCUACGUCGAUCGGGAUUUAAUGUGCGGUCAGAUGGAGACCGUCGUCUGUCCCAGUCAGUUCGAUGCCAACGUCAACAUACCGAAUGCCGUUAAGGCAAUGGAUUUACGCGAAUGCAACGACAAAGAUGAAACGCAGGUUGUUUUCGAAGAAUGCUUCAACACUUCAACGCUGAACGCUUCCAAAUGGAACAUUGCCGACUACUUGGACGAGAGGGAUUCGGUUAAUGUCACACCGGAAAACGCGCAAAUUAUUAGCGGGCGCUUAGCGCUGUAUAUUCGAAAUAACGAAGGGAAAGUGACGGUCGCGCGACUCAACACCACCGGCAAAUUUCGCUUCCGCUACGGUGACGUGGAAAUUCGCGCCAAACUUCCGCGAGCACCGCAUCUUAUAUCGUGGAGCUCGUUCAGUCUGCUCCGCGCCGAUUGCGACGCGUACUGCGAAGAAAGUAUCGAGAUUCUCAACGCCCGAAGUGACUUCCCCAGGCGCACCGACGCGAGCCUGUUCAUUCCGUCGCCCUGGAAGCCGCUCGCCGAGGCCGUCAGCCACGAUGACGAUAUGAGCGACGAUUUUCACGUGUACGGAUUAUCGUGGACGGAGAAAGCGGUGAUAUGGUACGUAGAUCAGAAAGAGGUCUUCCGUGUGGAGGUCACCGAUACACCGCAUUUUCCACGGUACUUCGCUGAAUUGGCCAUCUACACGAGCGCUGUAAACCAAACCGGCACGAGCGCCACGGAGUUGUCGAUUGAUUACAUUGUGGUCCGACAGCGUAAAAGCGAUGCCAUCGAAUUUCUGCCCGUACUAUCGGCGACGACAGGCGUUCCUCCGUGGGUGUGGACAUCGGCUGCCGGGUGCCUCGGGCUCGUCGGGCUCGUAUUGGUGAUUCUGGGAGCGGUGUGUCUAGUAAAGCGGAGACGCUCGGCCGGAAUUAACCGGCUGCUGUUUUCCACGGCCCUCGUUCCGGGAAAUUUGGAGGUCGUGUAUGAGAAUACGGUGUGCGGUAAAAUGUGGAAACCGAUAACUAACGUUCCGGAGAUUGCCAAAAGCGAUUUGCACUUUGAUAAAGGCAUCCUGGGUUCUGGCGAGUACGGAUUGGUCCGCAAAGCCGUGGCCACGAAAUUGAUCGGGUUUGGUAAAGCGGUCGUCGUGGCGGUAAAAAGCGUAAAAGACGUCAGUGAUCCCCAUCAGUAUCGGCUGCUCACCGAGGAGCUUACGCUGCACGCCAAGAUCGGCCGGCAUCUGAAUAUUGUCAACCUCCUCGGCGCCGUGAUGACCGACGAUUUGCUGCUGGUGCUGGAAUUUUGCCGCUUCGGUUCUUUGUUGUCAUACCUGCGCAACAGCGUUUUCGCUGCGCAACCAAAAUUUCCCUCUACCGCUUACGUGAAUCCUGUGUAUCUGGAAAUGCGUUCGUCCAAAGAAAAAUCACUGGGGAAGAACCAGUUAACCGAUGAGCAGCUAACGGGUUUCGCGUACCAGAUUUGUCGCGGAAUGGAGUACCUCUCGCAGCACUCCAUCAUCCACCGCGACCUCGCCGCCCGCAACGUGUUGGUGGCCGACGAGGGCGUGGUCAAGAUCUGCGACUUCGGAUUGGCCAAACAGAAGGCUGAUUAUUACGCCAUGAGCAACACCACCGUGGCCCUGCCGUUACGCUGGAUGGCACCGGAAUGUCUGCGCACCAAAGUCUUCUCGGAGAAGACCGACGUCUGGGCGUUCGGAGUGACGCUGUGGGAGGUAUUUUCGCUAGGUGCCGCCCCGUUCGCCGACGGUGAAGCAUCGCAAUGGGACGUGCAGGAGUUCGUGGAAGCGUUGUGCCGCGGAUUCCAGCUGAAACAGCCGACAAUCUGUCCCAGCUCCAAGUACGAGAUUAUGCAGCUGUGUUGGAAUUUGGAGCCGGUCCAGAGACCCAGCUUUAAAGCCUUGUGUCUGGAGAUCAGCCCGCUGCUCAAACCGGAGACCAAAUCGACGUACUUGCUGCUGGAUGCGCCCUACACUAAUUACAAUGUCCUGUACCAUAACGAUGGAAUACAAACGUAUAAGGUUUCAUAAUUCUUUAUACCGUUGGCGCUUUAAUUUUUUAUUUCGUUGUUGGCUCAUUCGUUAUAUAAAGAGAGUAUACUUUAGAGACAGAGGUUCAUUAUUAAUUUUUGUGCACAUUAAAUAAUUCAUAUGCUUGUUGCUGCUAUCAAAGAUCACAGUAAAAAUCACCAA